AUGAAUAAAGGAUAUAUUAAGAUUGCUUUAGCACUUUUAAGUGUAGCUGGAUAUAUGCAAAAUAUGGCAUUUGCGACCGAAUAUGCUACAAGCCCUAAUUCUUCAAAUGAAACAACUAAAACACAAUUAUUUCGCUUCUAUAAUGAGAUUAAAAAAGCUAAUCAAGCUAAAGAAGCUAAACAGACAUCAGCUAUUAUGUCCGAAGCUUUAGCUCUUGCACAAAAACAUGCCGAACAUACAAAUGAUUACGAGGAAUAUUCUAAGGAAGAUGACGGAACAAAUCUAUAUUUUAAGAAAUUCAAAGAUACUGAAAUAGGAAAACUUGAAUUUACAAUCCCCGACGCCGAUAAUUAUGAUGAUAUAAUAAACAUGUUAUGGGAUUCCAAUGGGGCAAAGAACUAUGAUGAUAAUUUCAUUAAAGGAUCUAUUCCUCGAGCAUACGAUCCAAAUUUAGUAAUUGUACAACAACGUUACAAAAGUCCAAUUGGAUCAUUGGAAACAUAUUUUAAUGCACUAGCUAAAAAAGUUGAAAUAUCAAAAAACAAAACUGCAAUAGUCUUGGUUUCAUCAGACAUGAAAGAUCAGAAUAUUGCAAGCUUUAUAAAAUAUGUAAAUCCUAUCGUAGAAAGUGCAAACUCAUUCAAGCCUGAUAUAGAUUCUGAAGAAGAUAUUAGAAAUGCAAAAUUAUUCAAAGUAUAUGUUAACUUAGUAGGAGCUUUCAUUGAAAAGAAAUCCGAUUGCGUUAAAAUUACCUACCUUAGCUCUCUUGAUCUAAAAACUCCCCCCUAUAUCCCACAAGACAUUAUUAGAAAAUUUUUGGCCAGCAUUAUGUUAAAUGUUGUCAAAUUAAAGGAUAUUUUUAAAAAGGAGUAA